GGCAGCGGGGCCGAGCGGGGUCCCCCCGGUGCCUGCCCUGGGCCCCCGUUCCAGGGCCUGUCAGGGGGAGAACCCCCCUGUUCUGUGGCUGAGGGGAACUAGCGGUUCUGUUCGAACCCCCCCGGCCUUCCCAAACCCGGCGGUGAUCAGCCAGCGCAGUUUGACAGUUCUCCAGGCAUUAGAGGAUGGACUGAAGAGAGCAGAUGCAGAUCCUUCAGUGAAAGCUGUUAUGAUUUAUGGUGAAAAUGGGAAAUUCAGUGCAGGAGCUGACAUCCGAGGAUUUUCUUCUGUCAGGGGACAUGGUCUUGGCUUGGGGCACCUCGUCUCUCUCAUAGAACAGAGCAAGAAGCCUGUGGUGGCUGCCAUUGAAGGUGUUGCCUUGGGAGGAGGCCUGGAGGUGGCACUUGGCUGCCACUACCGGGUGGCACAUGUGAAGGCCCGGCUGGGUUUACCAGAGGUCACCAUUGGGUUACUUCCAGGUGGUGAAGGUACUCAGAGACUGCCCAGACUGAUUGGGGUACCAGCUGCUCUGGAUCUAAUCACUACAGGAAGACACAUUCCAGCAACUGAAGCACUGAAGCUUGGUCUGGUUGACGAAGUUGUGGAAGAAAACACAGUUGAGGCAGCAAUUUGCUUGGCAAACAGAGUGAUUGACCAGCCGUUGGGACCCCGCAGGCUCAGCCUGAAGCCGGUUCCAAAACUGCCCAACAUGGAAGCAUUCCUCAACGGGGCUUUCGCCAAGCUGAAGAAACAGGCCCGUGGUUUCCUGGCUCCGGAGCUGUGCUUGCAGGCGGUGAGAGCAGCCACACAGCUGCCCUUUGCCCAGGGCGUGCGGAGGGAGCGGGAGCUGUUCGCGGUGCUGCUGAGCUCCGGGCAGGCGCGGGCCCUGCAGUACGCCUUCUUCGCCGAGAGAGCCGUGCAGAAGUGGACAACACCCAGGGGAGCUUCCUGGAGAAGUGCCGCCCCUCAGCCCAUCCGCAAGGCAGCCGUGAUAGGGCUGGGAACAAUGGGCCGAGGCAUUGUGACUUCACUGGUUAAAGCCAACAUACCCGUGGUAGCCCUGGAGCAGAAUCUGGAGUAUCUGAACACCGGAAGAAAAGCUGUGAUGCUCCUUUUGGAACGUGAGGCUAUGAAAAUGGAGCAGGGCACCCAAACCCUGGGUUUCCAUGACCCUGCACGUCUCCAGUUCACUGUGGACUUUGAUGUGUUGUGGGAUGUAGAUCUAGUUAUUGAGGCUGUGUUUGAGAACAUGGCACUAAAGAAGGAAAUAUUCCAGAAGCUAUCAAAAAUCUGCAAGCCAGGGGCCUUUCUGUGUACAAACACAUCAGCCCUGAACAUCGAUGAGAUAGCUGCUGCCACCAGCCACCCACAGCAGGUCAUUGGCACACACUUCUUCUCCCCUGCUCAUGUGAUGAGGCUAGUAGAAAUAAUCUAUGGCCACCACACAUCCCCCGUGGCCAUUGCCACUGCUAUGCAGCUAGCCAAAGCCCUGAAGAAAGUUGGAGUGGUGGUAGGGAAUUGUUUUGGGUUUGUUGGGAACCGAAUGAUGUUUCCGUACGUUCAACAGGCAGUCUUCCUUUUAGAGGAAGGAAGCAGACCAGAAGCUGUAGAUCAGGUGCUUGAAGAUUUCGGGUUUAAGAUAGGACCUUUCAGAAUGUCUGACCUGGCAGGGCUGGAUGUGGGCUGGAGGUCUCGAAAGGGCCAGGGCCUCACGGGCCCCUCGCUGCCUGCAGGAACACCCGCCCGCCAGCGGCACGGCCAGCGCUACAGCCCCCUGCCCGACCUCCUCUGUGAGCAGGGCAGGUUUGGCCAGAAAACUGGGAGAGGCUGGUACCAGUAUGAGAAGGCUGGGGGCAGGACAGCCAAGCCAGAUCCAUGGCUCCACAACUUCCUGGCCCAGUACAGGGACACCCAUCGCAUCAAGACCCGCUCUAUAGACCAGGAGGAGAUCCUGGAGCGCUGUUUGUUUCCCCUCAUCAACGAAGGGUUUAAGAUCCUGGCUGAGGGAAUAGCAUCUGGCCCAGAACACCUGGAUGUCAUUUAUAUCAAUGGCUACGGGUGGCCAAGGCACAAGGGGGGGCCCAUGUUCUAUGCCUCCACCGUUGGGCUCCCUCGUGUUCUAGCUAAACUGCAGAAAUACUCUGUGGCCCACCCUGAUGUUCCUGAGCUACAGCCCAGUGCCCUGCUGAAAAAGCUGGUAGCUCUGGGUAGCCCUCCCCUCAAAGACUGGGUGUCCUGCCUCAGCCAGCCAAGCAACAAGCUGUGAUCCCCUCAGUGCCUGCUGUGGAGCCCCCAGCAGUGGAGGCUGAUCUUGUGAAACAGGUGCUGUAAUUGCACUGUCUUUUCUAAUCAAAACCAAAGUGCUGGUAAAAACGUCACUGACCUCCUGGGCCUUUGCAGAGAAUGACUUGGGCUGAUGAUUGAUCUCAAUCUCCCUCUUGCUGCAGGCAGCCACUGCCACCACCCACCCCCUCCUCACCCCCAUCCUUACCCACCUGCUUUGCACGCUGCUGCAUAAAGGCCUGUCUCAUUCUGCUCUGCCCUCAGAUCCUCACAGCCCUGCAUCUCUUCCAGCCUAUCCUUGGGGAAGGGAGGGAGCAGCAUCUACAGCCCACAUGGCAAAUCGUGGUGGGAGGCAAAAUUACCACAAUUCACCCCAGACAAAGAUCUACCAGAUCCUGCCUUAAACCUAUUUCCCAGUUUUUUCUGGUCAUUCCUGUGCAGCCCACCUCUACUGGAUUCCCUGGCUCUCCCAAAGCCAGCCAGCUGGAGCCUGUUCCCUUCCCUCAGCUGGGGGAGAGGUGGCACCUUGAAGAGGGAAAGCCAGAUCAGUUGGAGAGAACAGGUUUGGGCAAAGAGCAAGGAGCAGGGCUGGAACCUCCUCCCUGCUGCAGGGGAGAUUCUAAUAAAUGCCAGAAAAGCCUGAAACGCAUCAACCUGACUAACCUGUCCUGUGGUGCUGGCUCAUGACUGGCCUUCUGCAUCCUGACUUCAUCCUCUGGUAUUAUCCCCACCAGCCUUUGUCCAAGUAGAAGUAUCUUCUGGCACCUCUUGAGUGUGGAAGUGUGUUGCCAUCACUCCCCCUGUCUGGGCUGCCUACAGCUACGGCCAGGUCUUGGGGCUCAGAAUGCUCUAGUGGACCAGACUGAAGCCUGACUUGGGUUUCCACAUGGACAGGGGCACACACAGAAGUGCAUGACUCCAGAGCUGUGCAGGCAGGAGAGGUGCUGCAGGCAGGCAGGGAGGCAGCAGAGCUCUAGAAGAGAACAGAGUGAGCCAAACUUGCUCCAGGCCUGACACUUUGAUAACUAACUUUUGCUUUUUAUUUAAAUAAAAGUGCUUGAAUUCUCUAAUAA